AUGGCGACCAACACGGGACAGCCGGACACCCCCAAGGUCGAUCCUAUUGCCAACACGGAAUUCCUCGAGAAGUUGACAGAUCGCAACAAUGAAACCCGGAAGGCUAUCAUUCGCUGUAUCUGCCGCGGUAUCUAUGCUGUGUCCGGGCUGGAAGACGGCCUUGACUCGUGCAUCCAGGAGCUCCUACAGCUGUGCAACGGAAGUCGCUCAACAAUGUCGAAAAUGCUGCAGAACAAAAUCUUCAAUGGCCAGUCCCCGCUCCGAUUCAUUCUUUUAAACCUGCCCGAUGCCUUCUUUGCGGCACCUUCAUUCACGACUGCCCCUCCUGCUAUAGAAAGCCUAAUAGCCAUUUUGGACCCGUCUCCGGGAUCCAGCGCCUUUGAUGAAAUUGUCGAGCGAUGUUUAGAGAAAGAUGCCAAUGGUCUCUUCCAGCUCGUGAACGACCACCGGUAUUUCAGCGAGAGUGACGGACAGAAGACCAGCUACAGUGCAAUACACGUCAAAGGCCAUCCUGACGAACUGAGGUUCACGGUACCCAACUUCCCAGAGCGGAUAUUGACAGAAGAGAGAAUUGACCUCCGGUUCAUCGCGUACAACAGCCUGUGGUCCUUCAUCAUCUUCUGCCAUUCGGAUGGAACCUGGAGAGUCAUGCUCCAAUUGCUGAAGGAACACCCCUGGGUGCAUGACAAGGGCAUUUUGAGAUUCUCUUUGCAUUUAACAAAUCUAGGACAAAUAUGCAAUUUGUCAUAUUCCAAGCCUGUAGUGGCCUUGCUGGACAUUGAAAAUAUCAGGUAG